CGCUGGCGAGACGUGGCCUGGCUGCGCUGGCUCGGGGCCGCUGCCAUGGGGCCGCUGCUGGCGCUGGCGCUGCUCGUGUGCGUGCAGCUGUGUGCGGGCUCCGGGGAGCUGCGUCUGGUGGGCGGCGGCGGGCGCUGUGCCGGGCGCGUGGAGCUGGAGCACGGCGGGGAGUGGGGCUCCAUCUGUGUCUUCGACUCCGACCGGGACGCCCGAUGGGCCAGCGUGGUGUGCCGGCAGCUGGGCUGUGGCCAGGUGGCCAGGGCGUCCCCGUACGCCCCGUUCGGUCAGGGCACGGGGCGGAUCUGGCUGCAGCCCGUGUUCUGCAACGGCACCGAGAAUUCGCUGGAGGAGUGUCCGCACUUCGGAUGGGGACAGCACUUCUGCAGCCACGAGCGGGAUGCGGGGGUGACCUGCACAGGAUUUUCUCGGCUGGUCGGAGGUGCCGGAGCCUGUGCCGGGCAGCUGGAGGUGCGGCAGGACCGGGCCUGGCUUGGUGUGUGUGAGGAUCAGGUGGACAUGAAGGCGGCCCAGGUGGUGUGCAGGGAGCUGGGCUGCGGUGAGGCGCUCGCCAUGGGCGGCAGUGGCCGGGUUGGGGCGGCACCGGGAUCGCUCUGGGACGGGGGCUUCCAGUGCAAUGGCACCGAGUCCCUCCUGAGCGCCUGUGCCCGGCGUCCGGCCCCCAGGCAGGGCUGCAGCGGCCGUGCCAGCAUCAUCUGCUCCCCCUACACGGGCUUCCGCCUGGGGAACAGCAGCUCGGGAUGCUCCGGGCGAGUGGAGGUGGCCGUGAGGGGGACGUGGGGCUCCGUGUGCGCCAGCGAGUGGGAGCUGCCCGAUGCGCACGUCCUGUGCCGCCACCUGGGCUGCGGCCGCGCCCUCGCCGUGCCCCCAGGAGGCUCCUUCGGCAGCGGGGAGGGGCCGCUGCGGCCGGACACCUUCGGCUGCAGCGGGAGCGAGCGGCACCCGGGCCAGUGCCCCGUGUCUGUGCUGGGGAAGCCGCCCUGUGCCCCCGGGAACGCCGCUGCUGUCAGCUGCUCAGGCGUUGUCAAGUCCGUGCGGCUGGUGGAGGGUGAGACGCGGUGCGAUGGGUGGCUGGAGUUGGCCGUAGACAACGGGACGUGGCGCCGUGUGCCAGCAGACAUUUUGUUCAUACGGAAUUUCAGUAAGGUUUGCAGAGACAUGGGCUGUGCAGGACUGGACAUGACUCGGAUGGUGGAUGGCACGAUUUACCUGAACUACAUCAACGAGACGGAGAGGGCCAUCUUGGAUAGUGUGCUCACAACCAUCCAGGAGAUGACCACAGCGCUGACUAAGGGGCCCGAAUGGCUGAACGAGGAAUUUUUAAAGGACCACGUUCCCCCUGCUUAUUUGUGGUGGAUGAAAACUGCACCAGCUGGAAUCCAUCACGGGGCAGAAAUCAUCUGCUCAGGCAGCCGGCAGGUGAGGCUGGUGGGGAGCUCAGGGCGCUGUGCCGGGCGCGUGGAGGUCUAUUCCGGUGGCAGCUGGAGCAGCGUGUGCCAGGAAGGCUGGGAGCUGCAGGACGCUGCCGUUGUGUGCCGGGAGCUGGGCUGUGGCACGGCCCUGGAGGCGCCGAGCUGGGCGCGCUUCGGUGCCGGCACGGGGCCGCUGUGGCCGUACAUGGCCGAGUGCUCCGGGAGCGAGGAGUCUCUCUGGGAAUGCGGGCGCUCGGAGCAGCGCGAGUGCGGGCGCGGCCUUGGGGCAGGGGCCGUGUGCUCAGAGCAGAUCUCGGUGCGGCUGGCAGGCGGCCGUGGGCGCUGCCGUGGCUACCUGGAGGUGUCCUAUAACGGCACCUGGGGCCGCGUGUGCUCCAACGGCACCAGCACCGGCACCGCCGCCGCCGUGUGCCGCCAGCUGGGCUGUGGGCACCGGGGCUGGCUGUCGGCCGUCCCCGGCCAGCAGGCGUCCCGUGCCUGGCUGGCCUGGGUGGGAUGCGAGGACGGGGCCCGCUCACUCUGGGGGUGCCCCUCGGCACCCUGGCAGCUGCAGAGCUGCGGCGCUGGCGGGCACGCCCACGUGGAUUGUGAGGAGGACAGCGAUGGCAGCACCGAGACAGACACUACCCCAUAUCCGGAGGGUGCCAGCAGCACAGGUGUCCCCAGCAGCAGCACCCCGGCAGUGGGCGUGGGGACGGUGCCUGUGCCAACUGUGCUGUGCGUGGUGCUGGGGACGCUGCUGUGCCUGGCCCUGGGUGCCCUGGCCGUGCUGCUGUGCCGUGCCCGUGCCUGGCGCCGAGGCCGUGGCAGAGCUGCAGAUGCCAUCUCCAACGCUGUCUACGAGGAGCUGGACUACACGGCCAUGCCGGAGUACCAGGAGGUGCCCAGUGGCCCAGGUUCCCUGUCACAGGGAUGGGUCAAGAAGCUGCCGUAUUCCAGCGGGGACAGCAUGGAGGGCAGUGACACCGAGGCAGCCCCAGACCCCCCUGCCUGGCCCCAGGAAGGAAUCCCAGAUGGCUACGACGAUGUCCUGGAUGUGCCACAGGAUCCCCCUGCUCCAGGCACUGGGGACAUGUCCAAGGGUGUGGCACAGCAGAGGUGGAUCUGUGCCCUCCCCACAGGUGUGAUCUCGUCCUCUUCAAGUGCCCCAGGAUCUACACAGGACCCCUUGGAACAGCCCUCAGGGCACUCGGACUAUGAUGAUAUUGGUAGCAGCGCCCUGGAGACGGUGCCAUGAGGAUUCCCUGGCCAUGCUCCAGCCCUGGGGACAUGUGUGUGGCAGUGUGGUGGGAGUCUGUCACCAGGAAGGGGUGAUCAUGUCCACCGUGAUCACCCCAUUUUGUCCAUUGCUGCAGGAAAACAGCUCCGUUAUAGGGAUUUUCUUUUAUUUCAGUCUGAAUUUCCCUUUUGUCCUAUUAAAACCAAAACUGGUCAGAUACUCACUCCC